UGGGCGCGUCCCGGCGGCGGCGGGCGGCCACGUUGACAGGGCGGGCGGCAGGCGGUGCUGGCGGCGGGAGCGGGAGCGGGGUGUGGGCGCUGUCAGGGUAAACAUGUCUUCGCCUCCCAAAGAGAAAGCCGAGACCCGGGCCGGACACCCUCCUGCUGUUAAAGCGGGUGGGAUGCGGAUUGUGCAGAAACACCCACACAGUUCUGAUACCAAAGAAGAAAAAGAUAAGGAUGAUCAAGACUGGGAAACCAGCAGCCCACCUAAACCAACAGUGUUCAUCUCCGGUGUCAUAGCAAGGGGUGAUAAGGACUUCCCUCCAGCAGCUGCUCAAGUGGCUCAUCAGAAACCACAUCCUUCAGUGGAGAAGCUCCCUCACCCUCAACAUGUCAAGCAGCAUAUCCACCAACCUCGCAAGUGAGCUCGCCACUGAAAUCUCAACCAAACUGCCAUCAGUGAAUAUGUUUUCGAGAGAAGACAUUGACCCUUCAUGGUUCACGCUAUCAAAUCAGUAAUAUUGACCUCUAAAAUCAUAUCCUGUCCUGUUCUCUUACUUUAAUUCCCAAGGGUUAAUAAGAACAAAUACAGUAUUGAGUUGAUACACCAAAUGGAAAAUUUUACCUUUUCUGUUAAGUAUGUUAAGUGCUGAUCAAGGGUGUUUUUUUAUAAGACUGUCUGAUAAGAUGAAAAUUAUGAUUAUGACCAGUGAGCUUAAAACUUGUGCUUUUAGUUCUGGCAUUGCAAUAGCAGAUAGUUAAUGUAGUUUUUAUGCUAAACCAGUUGAGAACAGCCCCUUUAUACUGGUACUCUUACUAUCUGGAGGGAGCUUGUUGUGUUGAGACAGAAAUUAGUGAUUGUCUUGAAUACCCAGAACCAGUAUUGCAGUCUUUAGUAGCCUGAGAUGUUAGAUCUCAAGUGGGCAGAAAUCCAGCUGAAUCUUUUUUUUACUUGCACUCCCAAUCUAGAUGAAGUUCUUUUGUGCAGGCUCUCCACAUGUGGAGGUCUAUGGGUACGAAAUAGUAGUCAAGAGUAAUAAGCAUGCUGCUGCUCUGACCUGACAGGCCAGGUGGUGAGGUGAUGAUUUCUCAAUUCCAAUAACAAGUUGAAGGAAUUCAGGACCUUCAAGAAUUGAACUUAAACUGGAGGAAAAUUUGUUUUCUUUUUUUAAAUGACGCUAUUAUUGUGUUUAACUUCAGGAGCCAAGCUCUCUUACGCUUCUUUUUAAAAAUUAUUAUAGGGAAUAAAAGUUACCUUUCAGGUAGAGCAGUUGGAUUAAGUUAGGCCACAUAAUUAAAUAUUCCCAUUACACGGUUUGAAAUGAAAAAAGCACAAACCCUGUCCAGUUCUUUCUUCAUCUCUGUAAAACCCAGGAAAGUAAUUUUUUAAAUAUUCCACCUACAUUUUAAAAAUGUACUUUUGUUUUUGACUGACUAUAAAUACAGUACAGGUCUUAAUGCCCUGUGAGUUUAUAAAACUUCGAACAGUCUCAAAAAAAGUGAGUACAGGAGCAAAAUGCUGAGAAAUACGGCCCAUUUCACAGAUGGAAUAACUCAUGUCCCAUGAGUGAAAGGGACCUGGUAUGUCCAUCUAUUAGAAGGCUUGAAAUGCAAAGGGUAUAUUACAAAAGAUAGGCAUGGAUGUAUUUAUUCUGCACCAAGGAAGGGACCUAUGAUCUGGGUAUGAAGUCCUUAUUUUCAGUUUAAUUAGAUAACUGUACUUGCCUUAAGGAGUGAGUGUUGUUUAUAAGAAUUAAUCUGCAUUACAAAAUGCAUAUUUUUUUAAAAUACGCUUUCUGAUGUCGGUACUUCUGAGGCCUUGUUCUUAGCCACUCAUGAGUGUACAAGUGAUUCACACAUGAGUAAUUUAUCCUUAAAGGUAGAACUGUUGAACCUCAUGGAACGUAUUUAUGAGCUAAUUCACCAGCAGGUUCAGGCCAGUGAGACUAUCAUCUCAUUGACGCAGCCAGUAGUUAGUUGUCAGUGUGCUGCAUCAGUGCCUCAGCAGAUGGUCAUGGUCACUUGAUGCUGGUAGCUGCUGGCUUAAGAAUGGUGGCAUUCAGCUCUCCUAUUUUUAUGUCUACAACUGAAGUAGUGUGUUGACUCUAACUGUAGUCAAAACAGGCAGUAGAGGAGAGGUAUGACACUUCUGGCUAAUGUUUCAAGAUGACCUGAAUUGCUCUCGCCUCCAUUCAUUGGCUGUAGUGGAAAAUUAAAAGUACUUCAGAGUAGCUGCACACCAUUUGGGGGGUUUGGACAGCUCUACUCUGUGUGUUUCUACCUUAUGCAAGCAACACCACAUUUCCAGCUUUUGAGUUAGAAACAACCACUCUUGGUUGUUAAUGCGAUAUACACAGCAUAUAUAGACAGUAUCACAAUUUUGUCUCUGAUUCCUUAGAUAGGUAUAUAAGUUUGUACAAUGAAGUAUGAUUUUCAAGAUGUCUUUAGUCACUUUCAGAGUGCAGGAUUUCCUAUAUGAUUAGAAAGUGUCUCUGUAUGAAAGCAUAUUAUAUAUGGUUGGAAGAUAUCCAUGCUUAUGCAUAGCUUGCCGAAAAUAAAGAAUCAUAAUUGGUGAUCUGGAA